GCUUUGGGGACCACCACGAACAAAGCGACCCGGGUGCCAUGGUAUCUUCAAUUACAUUCGACAACAUAUCCUCUAAUUCACCUCCAACCGUUGAAGAUGAUCUCAGUCAUACUCAUUCAAGGUCACAGAAUAAUAACCAGCGAGACUCGCAAGACAUUUCACCACCACGUUCAAGUACGAGCACAGAGAAGGGAAAGGCCAAACAACUAGACGAAGAUAUCAUAGAGAACCCUAGCUCAGAGUCAUACCCUCCUAUGAAUGACGAUGCAGCCGAGACGCGACGCGUAGAAGAGAACCUGCGCCAAUGGGAGUUGGCUGAACGCGAACGACGGAGAGCCGCACGAGAAUCUCCGAACCUCAAUAGAGGCGGGGGCGGUCCAUCUUUACUCGGAGAAGUAACACGCAGAGCAAGCGUGCUCCUGUCGAAGCGGCCGUCAACCAGAUCAUCUGCAGGAGGGCUGGGGAACCACCGAGCUCUUCAAUCUAGAGACUCUAUCGACGUAGUGCCACUCGAUGAUAUCGAGAGCCCGCCCGCAACUGCGAAUCCGUUCUUACAUCCAUCUGAAACAGGACCGGGGUUAAUCUCCCCGACAUUGCUCCCUCUCGUCGAUUCGAAGAAGCGGUCUAGCGUGAUGACUGAAACUUUUGACUUGGACUCGAAUACCCACUCAUUGCAGGCAGCCACGCUUGCUCCUACGCCAACGCUUGUUCCUCCCCCACAGCAGCUAGGCUUACCGCCGCCUUUAACACCACCACCUAAAGGGGCUAGACCCCGCAUGACUCCCAUGAAAUCCACACCUCCACCUAUGUUACGUCAGGAACCCAUAGAACCCGAGCAGGAGGUGAGAUGGUGGCACGACUGGUUAUGUGGAUGCAGCGAAGGACCAGACCGGGGAGGGGAUAACCAGGCUGGACGUACGAAUCCUUUUGAAUGAUCCACUCCAGUCGAUUUCAUCCUCCCCAUAUACACUUCCGUGGACACCCCCGCAUACACGUACCAUACCAAUAGUUCACAUCCAGGGCUAACCUGCGCCAUUGCAUAUGUAUCUCAUAGUCUAGAGGUUUCAUAGUGUUUGGACCAUUCGCCGCAUACAUACCCGCUGCAUAUUCGCUGGUGUUUAUUAAUCCUUGACUAUUUUUUGCACCGACAUUUGUAACUCGAGGGGUAACAUCUUAGGAACGCGUGCUUGCCAUUAUUCCUACCACUA